GGGAUAACAGGUUCGUGUUGUUUCCCACCCCCCAAUAUGGCGGUCGUUAUCUGACGUGACGUGAAUUGUUCCAUGAGCCUUAUUACCUUUUUUCUCCAUUCCUGUGCUGAUAGGCCAAUUUUUACAUUCCAGAAAAAUAUAUGUUUCUACAUUUAACGCCAGGUGCUUCUGCUUGUAUGCUUUUAUAGAAAUCUGGUAACAUGGGGUCUUCAGCAGAAUUGUGUCUACGUUGGAGCAGCUAUGAAUCAACUUUGCUGUUCUCAGUCUGCGACAUGUGGGAUGCAGGAGCAUUAACAGAUGUGACACUCUCUGCAGAAGGACGAACUAUUAAAGCUCAUAAAGUGGUUCUCUCCUCCUGUAGCGGUUACUUUAAAGAAGUACUUCAGGAUGUAACUUCAGCUCAACACCCCAUCAUUGUUCUUCCCUAUGCCUGCUACCAAGAUCUCUUGGCUGUGAUUAGCUUCAUGUACAAGGGUGAAAUCAACAUAACCCAGGUUGAACUUCCAGGAUUGCUGAAUUGUGCAGAAGCUCUUAAAGUCAAAGGCCUAGCUAAAAUAAACCCGUUAAGAGCGUCAGGUCUGCUAAAAGAGGUGUGCAAAAAAAACAGCCAUGGCACUGUAGCAACUCAUGGAUUAUUGGGAGGAAGGAGCAUCAAGAUGGAAACCCAUGGGAUUUGCAAAAAUAAUGGCUUUCUACCUCACAGUGAAGGGGAAGAAGCUGUAGAAAUCACAGAAAUAUCUGAAGAUCAAAAAGAAUGUUUGGUGGUCGAAGAAGAUUCCCCGGAAAAUAUGCUUGAGGAAGUCGAGAUAGACAGUGAGUGCCACGAUUCAGACGAGGGUGAGGGUGGAAAUGAAUCGAGCCACAGCGGUAGCGAACGCAGUGAAGGAAAGCUCUACUUUUUGACGUCGUUGGGCCAACACGAAGAAAUGAAGGAUGAAGACAUAAAAAAAUCCAGCGAUACAGCCAAACAGAUAAAGAAUCGGCGAAGGAAGCGCGGGGAUCUUAUUCGUGCAAUUAAUGCAGCGUGGAACUGUGGCCGAGGUGGAAUGAAGGAAUGUACUACCAAUAACGGGCAGCGAUCCUCCAUCCGGAAAACUCUUUUACCAGUUUCUUGUCCGAUCUGUUUUAAAGUAUUAUCCAACGCCUACAAUUUAAAGGUCCAUAUGAGCAUUCAUGACGGCCUAAAACAUCAAUGUUCCAUUUGUGGACACACUUCUAAAUCGCGGGAUGCCCUUCGAAAACACCUGGCUUACCGUCACCUGAUCGGCAUGAGCGGACCAGUAAGGCCCCGUAUGCCUGCCAACAAACGCCGAAAGCAUGAUGGCACAGACGACAUGCUGGACACAUCGAUGCAGUCAACAGAAAACGAGAAUCAGAAUGCCGCCUCCUCCAGUCUUUCUUUCUCCGAUCCAGACAAUGAUCAUUUGGCCCAUAGUGGAGGUGAGGACGUCGACCAGAACGGGAAUCCGUCAGUUGCCAAUGACACUUGGUGAGACAAAACCUUUUUAUUUCUCUUAAAAAGAAACCAAGCUACAUAUCUUCUCAGAUCAUUGCGUAUUAUAAGAAAACUUGCGCUUACGGUUCCGUCCCGACGGACGGUUUGUAGUAUCAUUUCCUUGUCAUUAACUGUUAUAGUCCUAACCCAUUUUAUUGAACGAUUCAUUUAUAUGUGUAUAUGUUAAGAAUCCCGAGUUUAUUUCAAGCCAUUCCUUCGUUCAGGUGUCAAAUGUUGACGAAUUUCCGUUUAAUUGAAAAACAAAGUUGUGUUCGUCCUACCGGUCUUGGACCGGUAGCGUGAUCCCCAUCAUUCAAGUCUAACUUGAGCGAUGCGUUUUCCCCCCGUGAUCGU